ACACAAGCCAGGAAAAAAAGUGCAAACCCAGAGCAGUGAAGGUGAGCUUGAUGAGAGCUGGAGACUCAAAGAAGAGUCAAAAGAGGAGAUUCAGAACCAUGGAAAUCAUCUAUAAAUUCAGAAAGAUGCUCUGUCCUUCCUGGCUUUUGGCUGCAGCAGUCUUGUGUUUUCACAGUCCGUAUGUCGACGGCCGCUGCUUGGAUCUGAUAGACUGCAUGGGCCUUAAAACUAAUGAACAAAAACUGCAGUGUAUCAGGCAGUGCAGACCAGCACAAGAAUCCUCCAAUGACAGGAGACUUUCUUCAUCUGAACAGCAGAACAGUGAAGAAGAGGUUGAGGAAGAGAGCCUGAGUUUGGGUUUGCUCUUAUCGGCUCUGUCUCCUGAUUCAACGGAGCUCAGAGACGCUACUGGAGAAGCCCCUCACAACGACGAGAGGAGGUCUUACUCCAUGGAGCACUUCCGCUGGGGCAAACCCAUGGGCCGCAAACGCCGACCCGUCAAAGUGUUCACCAGCGGCGCCCUGGAGGAGGAGCCCGAGGAGUCGGAGGAAAGCGUGCGCGUGGAGCGAGGGCAGAACGGCAUGCUGGACGUCCAGCAGAGGAACAAUGCAAAGAGCAAAGGAAAGUAUCGCAUGACCCAUUUCCGCUGGAACGCUCCACCUGACAAGCGCGACGGAGGCUUCAUGAGGCCGUAUUCAGAUCAAUCCCAUAAGCCCCUGCUCAUGCUCAUACGAAACGUCUUUGUUAAAGACGCACAGCAGUUCAGAGAUUAAGAGAGGAGAGAAUGGACAGAAUAUUUGAUGUCAAAACAUUUAAAUGUGUAACAUGCAACCUUAAUUAAAAAAAAAAAAAAAACUGGCAGAACCAAAAAGACAGGAUAUGAAACAUUGUCCGAUGCAGGAAAAAAUAAACAAAAGAGUCACUAAUAUAUUAAAUUCAGGAUAUAUCACAUGACUAUGAAAGGCACAUUACUUGACAUUUAUAAUUAAUUUAUAUACUCGACACAAUAACUAUCACCUCUGGGAUUUAAGAAGUAAAGAUAUUCAGAAAUGCCAGGUAUUUGUUUACCUGAGACAGUUUUACUGUAAUAU